UGAUGAGUCGUCCUCAGCCUGGUCGAGCUCCUAUCACGAUCGACUUGACGGACUAUGACUUCGGCGACGACGAAUCGCACGAGGGAGUCAUUUCUCCUCGUGACGCCACUGCCAACAAGGAGGUCAUAUACGUAGACGUCUCGCCCGAGCCUCCGGAUACGCGAACCAUAGUGCUCGAUGUCUAUCAAGAGGUCUGGGACGAGUAUCGCAAGUGGAAAUAUCACUGGAGCGCACUACUUGUUCGGGAUCUUCGUCAUGUUGAUGUUUCUGAGAGUGCUCCGGCGAGUGCGUCGCUGGAGGGAGAACUUGUUGAUUCGAGCUCGGAUGGUGAUGAUGGUUAUGAUUUUUCGAGGGCGUCUGCUCCUUCGAAUAUCACCUUCGUCUGCGCGACUCCUGUGAAUGCUCAGGCUGGUCCAUCCACCACCAUUACCACCAUGUCCCACAAGAUCCUCGACACAGCGACCACUCGCCUUCCACCAGACACAGACACGGACCCGGUCUACGAAUCUUAUCAGCCCACGAACGUCAACAUAUCCGUCUCCGUCCCGAAAGCCCGGGAUUACAUGCCAGACUUCAUCCCGUAUGCGGAUGAAGAAGGCUUCGAUCAGGAAAAAUAUCUGGAGCAGUUUGGUGGCGGGUCUGCGUGGGAGGAAGAAGAGAUGGAGGACCCGGAUGUCAUCGAGAUACAGCUCGAGACCGUGAGGAGGUUGUAUUAUAGAAACAAGCUGUCGCUCGAAGAUAUUGAGAAGACGGAAGUUCUGCCGCCCUUACGGACGCGCGGAUCUGGUGUGUUGUGGAAAGCGAAGAGGAAAGAUCUUCUUCAUUGGCCAAACUCGGCUCAAGAUCUUCCUCCAGCAGAGGCUCUCUUUGAGACCGCAUUUCCUUUGCGCGGCAUACAUGAUGAAAGUUCGGUAAGACAGGUUUACUUCUGUCCACACCCGAACUGUAUAGACAUGGCUUGUCCUACACAUCAUCAACAAUUCUCCAAUAUCGGUCGACCACCUCGUCCGACUAUGUCUAGUGUGGCACUUCAGACAAGCAGAGGCAAGCCUUGUGGAGAGCGGUGCUUUCGUCGUGCUAUGGAGAAUGUGCAGGACUUGAUCCGCUGGACAGAAAUCGAGCUCACCGAUCUCGCUGAUGUCCUCCGUGUCUUUCCGGAUGGUAUCCCGUGUGAUCUCGCUAGGAUGGUGCGCAAACCAUGUGCUGAGGUUUUCUUCCAACGACGCGAGCUCAUUCCAGAUUCAAGCAUCCAAAACCUCGAAGGACGUGCUGCUCCUGCCCGUGCUUCCGCAACAGGUCGAGAAUUGGAGUUUGUUGAUGACCUCAAGGGGAUUACGGAGGCGGAGGGACACAAGGGCUAUGUCCGAGUGCCGCCGUGUAAUCACCCUGGCGAGCACUGCGAUACGGCCAGGUGCUCUUGUUUCAAGGAGAAGCAGCACUGUGUGACUAUGUGUCAGUGUAUUAACGAUUGCGAACGACGAUACCCUGCGUGCGAUUGUAACCCUCUGAAGAUGAGGUCGAAGACGCGGAUUUGUUGGCAUAAUUCAAAGUGUCAGUGUCGACUGGAGAAGAGGGAAUGUGAUCCCAGGAGAUGUGUGUGUUGUACUACUAAAGUAGAUGAGCACGGUGAGAGAUCAGCGAGAAAGAAUAAGGGCAAGUCGAAGGAGAAGAAAGAAGAUGUUACGAUGCGCCAAUGCUCGAACAUGAGCAUUCAACAGGGAGAUGAAGUGAAACUCGAAGUGAGGAAGGGAAAGGUCGGAUUCGGGGCCUUUGCGACAACGGCACUCGUCCCGAAGGAUUAUAUCGGCGAAUAUGUAGGCGAACUUCGGAGCGAUUCCGACGAGGAAGAUGUAGAUCCCUUCAAUAUGUUACGACUGUACACCCACCGGAAUUACCUCUUUGGACUGAACGAUAUCUGGGUCGUGGAUGGGACACGAGCUGGAAACGACAUCAGAUUUAUUAAUCAUGGGAAGGACGGGAACGUUGAGGCUGCAGUCAUCCUCGUGAACGGGGAUCCUCGCAUCGGCAUUUGGGCAACGAAAUAUAUCGGCGCGGGAGAAGAGAUACUGCUGAACUAUGGAGAGGAGUAUUGGACGGCUGGGGACGCCCCAGGUUCUGAAUCCGAAUCUGAAGAGUACGAAGAAGAAAGGGUCAGCCAACGCAAGGUUCCCAGAGCGAAUGACAGAGAAGAGCAUGCGACAGCACAUAACAAUGAGCGGUUUGAAGAGGAUGAAGAAUGGGAAGGUGAUUAUGAGGACGAUGGCGAGUAUGACCCCAGCGAGGAAGAUUGA